UACACAUUUCGACGCAAAUUAAAUAUUUACAAGAUGAACUUUUUUGUAGUUCAAGUGACAACGCUUUUGCUUCUUGUGGGACUUCAGCUUGGAAAUAACGUUGUCGCACAAAAUCUUACCACUGAGGGCGAUAAUGGCGGUCCAGAAGCAUUUUAUGACACAAUCACCUGUGACGCUGAUGAGGACGGAUUAAUCCGGAUAGGGACCCUUGGCCUUAGAAAAGUCUACUACGCCGCACCACAAAAAUCUCCCUUCAUCGAGUGUCACAGACUUUGUAGAGGAAAAAGAACUAAGCGCGGGAGGCAAAUGCACUUGGCCGAGUUCCUAAAUCUAGAGGAGCAGUAUAAUCUCAGCAAUCUGACUUUUACCCACAACUGUACCGAUAUUAGACAAACGGAACUCUGGGUGGGAGGGAUCGCGUUGGAUUACCUGUUAAGAAUGCAUAUACGUUGAAAAAAUCUCAUAACUAAAAGACAGAGACGACGGUUGCGUCUCCUUGUGUGCCGAGAGAUUUUUUGCUAAUGAGGGGGGGCGGGGCGAACAGAGAAGCUGAUUUUCAUGUAAACAAUGCAGGCAGUUGCAUGUAAAAAGUUGCUUUGGGUUUAGAGAGUGACCGUUCCCACUCUCCAAACGGGGCAUCGCGAACCAGAAAAGGAGAAAAAUUUCGA